GUGUGUGUGUGUACGCGCGCACGCGCGCGUACUCUGGAGAAUGGUUUCAGCAUCCACUCUCGCCUUUGCAGCCUGGGCCGCGCGCAAAGACAGACCCUGAAGCCCACCCCUCCCCUGGAGGAAACUUGACACUUCAGGCGGGGGUAGGGAAGGAGACUGAACCUUCUCUCUCCGAGACUGGGGAAACUCCAGAUUUCCAUUCUCCAGGACGCGCCCCCAGCUUUGCGGUGCUUUGGGGACGACCGGGCCGCGGCGGGGAGCACUGAUUAGCCGACGCUGGGAAGCACAUAAGCAUUUCCUCUACCAGGAGCCCGGAGGUGUCCAAGCCAAAGGGGUGGCUCGCAAGGGAAAGCUACCGCGUGCUCCAGGGGCCUUUAGUGUUUCUACUGCCAACAGGGCCCCCUUCAUCCGUUUUACGGAGCUGGCCUCGGCAGGGCCCUUCUAUCGCCUGGAGGAAGUUCACCUUUCUUGCCUUUCCAAAGGAAGGGGCUCCCUCGGGGACUGCGGGCAUCACAGAGUUACACUUAUCAGAGACGUGAAAGGGGACGCUGGAAACCUGCUCCUCCUACCCACACUCUCCUCUCUCCGCCGCCGCCUGCAGGUGGAAAAGUCACCAGUGGGAACAGCAACAGAACUUUCUGCCCCCGAAUAUCUUCAGGAAGGGAACGUUCUCGGCCGGCCCGGCUCCCGGCGCCCUGGAAGCCAGGGACACCGCUGAUACUUCGGAGCUUACGCACCUCCGGCUCCCCCGGGGAACCUGUCUCCUCGGCCGGUUUGCCAGCCUUUUGGAACUAAAUGAACUGAGUCCGACUUGGGUCAGAGAGGCUAGGCUGGAGGAGGGUGUUCUUCAAGCCACAGGCUCACAGUGAUGCGAUGGAAACAUGGGGGACAACUCCGAGAGACACACCAGGCCCUCUGUGCCCCCGCCCUCAACAGCAGCUGCUUGACAAGGGGGCCAGAGGGAGAGUGAAACGUCAGAAUGAUGGGUCCGAGGGAAGGGCAGGGCAGGGGAAAGAUCCACUCCUAAAAGAACCGAAGGCGGACCCUUCUUUCAUCCGAGACCUGUUCCUCCUCUCCGACUGAGAGGAGGCCACUGUCAGGAGGGGGCAGGUUUUCCGGGUUCUCUGGGUGGGGAGCGGACCUCUCUUCCCAUUCAUUAUCCCUUACCCCUAGCCCCUUCUACUCCCCGCCCCAAACUAGCUGAAGCAGAUCCUAAAGGAAACCCAGGCUGCUCUUCCCCAUCUGGAAGUGGCUUUCCCAAAAUCGGCCCCGUAAACUGAUUAUGAAACAGACGAUGUUAAUUCGGAGCUGCAUUUCCCAGCUGGGCACUCGCGCGCGCACUGGUCCCUGGGGCCUCGCCCCCACCCCCUGCCCUUCCCUCCCGCGUCCUGCCCCCACCCCCACCCCCGCGCCGGCCACCCCGCCUCCUCGGCAGCCUCCGGCAGUGCGCUCCACUCGCCUUCGCUCUCCUCUCGCCCAUGGAAUUAAUUCUGGCUCCACUUGUUGCUUCGGCCCAGAAGUCCAUUGGAAUAUUAAGCCCGGGAGUAGCUUUGGGGACCGCUGGAGGUGCGAUGUCUUCCAAGUUCUUCCUAAUGGCUUUGGCCACAUUUUUCUCCUUCGCCCAGGUUGUAAUAGAAGCUAAUUCUUGGUGGUCGCUAGGUAUGAAUAACCCCGUUCAGAUGUCGGAGGUCUACAUCAUCGGCGCACAGCCUCUCUGCAGCCAACUGGCGGGACUUUCUCAAGGACAGAAGAAGCUCUGCCACUUGUAUCAGGAUCACAUGCAGUACAUCGGAGAGGGCGCGAAGACGGGCAUCAAAGAGUGUCAGUACCAGUUCCGGCACCGCAGGUGGAACUGCAGCACAGUGGACAACACCUCUGUCUUUGGCAGGGUGAUGCAGAUCGGCAGCCGAGAGACAGCCUUCACAUACGCAGUGAGCGCAGCUGGGGUGGUGAAUGCCAUGAGCCGUGCAUGCCGUGAGGGCGAGCUGUCCACCUGUGGCUGCAGCCGCGCUGCACGCCCCAAGGACCUGCCUCGGGACUGGCUGUGGGGCGGCUGUGGGGACAACAUCGACUAUGGCUACCGCUUUGCCAAGGAGUUCGUGGAUGCACGAGAACGGGAACGAAUCCAUGCCAAGGGCUCCUACGAGAGUGCGCGUAUUCUCAUGAACCUGCACAACAAUGAAGCCGGCCGUAGGACAGUAUACAACCUGGCCGACGUAGCCUGCAAGUGCCAUGGAGUGUCUGGCUCGUGUAGCCUCAAGACGUGCUGGCUGCAGCUGGCGGACUUCCGAAAGGUGGGCGAUGCCCUCAAGGAGAAGUAUGACGGCGCGGCCGCCAUGAGACUCAACAGCCGAGGCAAGCUGGUCCAGGUCAACAGCCGCUUCAACUCCCCGACCACGCAGGACCUGGUCUACAUCGACCCCAGCCCGGACUACUGUGUGCGCAACGAGAGCACGGGCUCGCUGGGCACGCAGGGCCGCCUGUGCAACAAGACCUCCGAGGGCAUGGACGGCUGCGAGCUCAUGUGCUGCGGCCGCGGUUACGACCAGUUUAAGACGGUGCAGACGGAACGCUGCCAUUGCAAGUUUCACUGGUGCUGCUAUGUCAAGUGCAAGAAGUGCACGGAGAUCGUGGAUCAGUUCGUGUGCAAAUAGUGGUGUGCCUGCCUGCCCAUCCCUCAGCCCCAUUCCCAGGACCCAUUUAUUUAUAGAAAGUACAGUGAUUCUGGUUCUUUUUAUUUCCCCCCCAGGAAUUGCAGCUGGAACCAUAUUUUUUGUUUCUGUUACCAUCUGAGAACUCUGUGGUUUAUUAUUAAUAUUAUAAUUAAUAUUUGGCAAUAACGGGGGAAACCAAGAAAAAUAUUUAUUUUACGCAUCUUUGCAAAGUUAGUACAAAAACUUCUUUCUUCUGAUGCUACAGGAUAAAGGGGAAAUAACAUGUAUUCUAUUAGCUGCAUGGUUGGGGUUCACAUCUAGAAGGUAUAGGAACUAUUUUCUUCUCAAAUAUAGAGUCCUGUGGGACAGGUGGUACCCAGGUGAAAGAGGCUGGUAAGACCCAUGAAUGAUUCAGUUCCUAUGGCCCAAAUGAGUUGCAGAUGCUCUGGUACAAGACAAAAGAUCUUAAAAUCUAGGUAUAUUAAAUAUACAUAUAUGGCAGAAAUACAGACUAGGAGACACUCCCCCAUUCCAGAGGUUAGCAGCCCUCUUUUUGUAUUUUCAGAAUUAUCUUUUAGAAUGUAAGAGCAAGAAUCUCGUAUCUUCCUCAACAGGAAUAGCAUGUAUGUUAUUAUAGCCCACCUACAGAUACUCCAAUUAUGGAUGUGCCUUUUUUCUAACAGUUCAUGAAACUUGGGGAGCUGAUGGGCUGUGUGGUGGGGGAUGUCCCCAGAAAUUAGAAAACUUGAAAUUUCCGAUAUUGAGGCCAUAAUCUUAUAGUGUUAGCUCCAGCUGAUUCCGAAUACCAGACUUGAUGUCUGGGAAGGGAUUUUGACUCAAAAACUCUCUCAUUUUGAAAGCCAUCUUCCUGUCUUAAAAAUGAAAAUUACCCAUGAAUUCCAUGUGCAGACCCAUUCCCCAGACAACGAGGAAAGCCCACAGAGUUGAGCACUGCAGAAGGGCAGAAUACCUCUUUGAGGAGAAAGUGGCAGCCACCUUCCUACUUGACCCCAAGCCCUCUCUGGACUCUCUGUGCCCUUAUGUGAUGCUGACCAUGCUUCCAAAUGACAGCUACGUGGAUACUCAUUGCUUGCAGGGCGGGAAAUGUACGUGAGGAGUUAUGCUCAAAAACGGCUACGUGGGGGAUUGUUUCAUUUCUCUAAAGCUUUUCUUUUGAGGUACAGUAACUUCAUGUGUUUUGUUGAUAUUUCUUGGCCCAAGGAGUCCACAGAGGUGUUGUGACUGGUAUAACCCUGCAUUUAGACUAUCCAUUUGUGCUUUUCCUAUUAUCCUGCAGGUGUACGCUGAAACUGUUCCUAGUGUACUUGAACAGUUCAUUUAUAAGGGGGGGGUGGUUCAAUGGUACCUGAUAUCUCAGUCUUUUGUACAUAACAUAUAUAUAUAAAUAUACAUAUAUAAAUAUAGAUAUAAUUAUAUCUCAGUGCAGUCUGUGAUUUAGAGUUACAGUUUGCUCUGGGCUUACUUUCCGCCUGGAGUAUUGUCCUUCACUGAAGUCCAAUUGGGAUUUCUUUUUUUCCAAAAUUUUGAGUUUGACAUUGGCAUGUAACUCUCUGGGAUCCUACCACAAAUGCCAGGAAGCAAGCUAGACUCUGCAGAAGCGUUCAGGGCUGGUGUCCUGAGAUGCAUGUUGGUUAGAAGGUGGCCAUCUGCUUCCUGCCCACCCACCCACCCCCGUUCUCCGCCCCCUCUUUGGUAUUCUUUGUGGGGAGGGCAUUGUGGUCUGUCAUAGCAGCGGACAUUGAGAGGCACUCAGAACCCCGGAGCCAGCCUCAUCUCCAUUUACUUAACUCGUUUCUCAGUGAGGACUGACCAGAGUUCCUGCAGCAAAUCAGCUCACCACAUAGAUAGUUAGUUUAAACAAUGUUUUAAAAUAAGGGCACCUCUAUUUCAAAAGUGGCGUCUGCUGUGCUGUUGUCGGGGCCUGAGCUGGUUUUCAAGGUUUGAAAAGAUGUAUGUCUCCCUUCAUAGGCUUGGUGGCCUUCAGGUCACCUCAGCCCUGUGGCUCUUAACUUAUUGCCCCCAAAUAUUCAUUUCCCCUCAGCUACAGUGAAUCACAAGCAAACGAUCUUGAAAUAAAAAAGCACUAAUUUAGUUUAAAAUGUCACUUUUUUGGUUUUUAUUCUACAAAAACCACAAAGUAUGCUUUUUAUAUUUGCUAAAUCAGAUUAUGUUCUUUUUUUAGUGAUUCAUGUUUAUGAGCAGAGUGGAGUUUAACAAUCUUAGCUUUAAAAAAACUAUUUAAUGUAAGAUAUUCUACGCGUCAUUCAGAUAUUUUGUAUAUCCUCUAUGGCCUUUAUUCUGUACUUUUAAUGUACAUAUUUCUGUCUUGUGUGAUUUGUAUAUUUCACUGGUUUUAAAAAAACAUCAAAAGGCUUCUGCCAAUGGAAGAUAGAAUAUAAAAUAAAACGUUACUUGUAUAUUGGUAAGAG